AUGGCUUGCACAAAUAACCUCGCUUUGGGAUAUUUUUACAUUUUUACUAGCAUUAGUUGAUGCAGCUUUUUUAUGUGGUGAAUUCUGAAUACCUGAAAAAUAAAUUGGCAAUUUACGAAGCCUUUACAAAAAGUAAUAGUUUUAGUUUUGUGCUUCAAAACACUGAAUGAUAUAUUUUCAUCUCCUAAGUAUUUUACCUGCACAGAAUCAUCAACGUGAGAUUAUUGGGAAUUAGCCUGAAGUUCAACAUAUACUUUAUACAAUACAUUUAUUUUUACAUGCUUAAUUUUGAUCAGCAAAGGUUUUGGUAUCACUCGUGAUACACUUGAAAGAAGUGAAGUUAGUAUCAUUGCAAUGACUAUGGGAGCUGUAUAUUUAGGAUUUAGCGCUUUCAUGAUAAAUCCAGACAGGUUAGUUGUUUUACUUGACCUCAUUCUUUCUAUAUUGCUUUACCUUACCCAAAAAUAUUGCUUACUCCUGAUAAGCAAGCAAAAUAUUGCUAUAAAGGGUUAAUUUUUUUUUUUGAAAAAUCAAAUUUGUAGUAUUAAAAAUGAAAAUCUAAUAUUAUCUAAUGCACAUUAAGAAAUAUGUGCAAGUAAUUAUAUAACUUAUAAUGUGUAUGCUUUAGGAUGCAAUUUAUCAACAAUUUUAAAAAAAUUUAAUAAUAAUAUCAUUACUAUAUUUUUAUAUGCCAAUAAUUUAUUUUGAAAAAAAUAUUUUAUAAUAUUUUUAAUUGUCAACUGAAGGGGGCUAAUAUUCCCUAAGGCUUUUCUAACAAUUUUUCUUUCUAACCAAUUGCGGAAGUUAGGAAAUAUCAAUGCUUUACAGCAUCGCUUAACUUCUUUGAGAAACUCUAACAUCACUCAGAUGAUUCAGCCCACUUCAGAUAAAAUUUCAAUGCUAAAAUUCUUUUUAAAGAUUUGCUAUUUUUAUUAUAUUCAACAAAUUUUUACAGUGACUUUCUUGAUAAUAAUUGCAAACUUCUUCGACCCUCCGUUUAUCUAUUGAGAUAUUAUUGUGAUGUCGUGCGAAAUUUGCGAAAUAAUCAGCCUAUUUUUGAUAAUGUAUUUAUUUAGAUCCAAGGACAGAGGAAUUUACUUCAAUAUUUCAGUUGUUGGAAGCUCUGCUCAGGCACAGCCUUUGCCUCCAUAUUUGCAAGCAAAGAUACCAGAAGGGUCUGAAAUGGUUGAAAGUAAUAAUGAAGUUUUUAUUGUUCUAUGCCCACAGGAGUUUGAUAGUCGGCGCCCCUACGAAAUGUUAAUGGUAGCCAAAAUUUCAAAGCCUGUUGUAGAGCGAUAUGGUGCUGAAAUAUAA